AUCGUCUCGUUUUAUGGAUGUUCAUUUAUGUUGUUGACCAGAAAAAUAUUAUAGAGAACUGGAAUGGCCAAUUCAGUGGGAAGGUAGCCGGUGAAUGAGUAAUUGAACAAUUUACUAUAGUGAUAUUUUACUGAGAUGGAUCAAAUCAAUACAAUAAAAGCUUUGCUAAUUCUUGCCUCAAUUGUUGGUGUUCACUCAUUUGAUGAUGAUACAUACAAGAUAUUCAUACAUAAUACAAAAGGAAAUAUAACAAGAGAGAAGCUCACAACGAAGAAAGAUGUUGGUUUGCUUGACAUAUCCUUCGCGACAGUAGAAGCUAUAGCUCCAGAUUCAUUCUGUGCUCUACCAAAUUUGAAAACUCUGUAUAUAAAUGGAAAUACCAAGUUUCCCCGAGUGACCAAGCAGCUCUUUCAAUGUAAUGCCAAACUUACGUACGCUACUCUCGUAGCCAAUGACGAUUCAGGUCAAGAGGUGGACAGAAAUGCAUUCACAGACCUGAAAGAGCUCAAUACGCUGCGUAUAAAUGGAGUCGAAUUGAAAAGAAUCGGUAAAGAUAUGUUCACCGGUUUGAAUCUGGAAAUAUUGAAUUUGGUCAGUUGCAAAAUCGGUGAAAUUGACGCCGAUGCUUUCUCGAACUUAUCCAAUUUGAAGGAGUUGGACUUGGGGCAUAAUUUGAUCAAAAGUUUCAAACCAGGAACUUACCAGAAUCUGCCUAAACUCAACGAAUUACAAUUGAAUAAGAAUGAAAUAGGUGCAAUCAAUUGGGAUGAAUGGAAUACGCUACCCUCACUGAAAACUAUUGAUUUUGGGGAUAAUCAUCUCACGGUUUGCGAUGUUUCCAAAAUCAAGGAAUAUUUCCCUAAUAUUCAUUCCUGCAACUUGGGUGAUGCUUUCAAUAAGACGAGAAAAGCAGAAAUUAUUGAAGAGAGCAAAAAACUCAAUAUUUCUAUAAAGUUUAUAGAUUAUUACGGAACAUAUGCAUAAAAAACGGUUUUCGAGAAACACGAAGGUUUUUUGUUUGUGCAGAAUAUAUGAAUAAAUAUAUCAUUGUUGUUCAAAAGAA